AUGGUAUUUCGGCUGUGCUUCCAAGCUUCCACCAUCGUCAUCCUCAGCGUGGCUACUAUCAUUAUCAUCAUCAUUCGUUGUCAUGAGUUUGAAGCUUUCUUAUUUAAUCCUGUGAAAAUAUCUAUUUCGCCCAAACAUUCUCUUGUCAAACCUACACAUGAGUCAGUAUUUUGGAAAUUAAAAGAAAAAAUGAAACUGAACUAUCAAGUUUUAGAAGGAGCUCCUAAAGUAAAAGUUGGUGACACAGUUGUUAUCAGCUUGGAUGAGGAGACUUUGGAAAAGAUGCAAGUUGGACAUGGAGGUUGGAGUAAUCAUAUGAAAUUUUAUCUAGGUAAAAAAGGGAAAGUUCAAGGUAUUGAUUCUAAUGGAGAUGUGGAAAUUAAAUUUGAGAAUACAAGUUGUUCUUUUUUUUUUAAUCCAAAUGUAGUGGCAAAGGUACUAUCAUUUGGAGAUGCUGUAACAAUAACUAGUCAAAUUGAAAAGGUAAAAUUUUUACACCAAGAAACAUGGAAUGAAAGUAUGGUAAAAAUUUUGGGAGAAGUUGCUCAAGUGGAAUAUGUUCUUAGUAAUAAUGAUAUUCAAUUAAGAACUUGUGGUGAAUCCUGGUGUCUCAACCCUUUGCUGUGUACUCUUAUAAGAGAACCAUCAAGUUUUGAAACAGAUGACCAGAUGCCAAGUGUUGGUACAUCACAACAAACAGAACUUUACCUGAACAUUCUUAAAAAGGAUGAGGAACCAACAAAAGAAGAGUUAGAAAAAGGUGCCGAUAUCAAUGAAACUGAUGAAGAUGGUAAUACUGCCUUGCACAUUGCAGUAAUAAAGAAUUUUCACCAAACAAUACAAUUUCUGAUAUCCAAGGGUGCAACAGAAGAUAUUUUGAAUAAAAGGAAUCAAGCACCAAUUCACAUUGCUGUUACAAAAAAUUCAGAGCAAUGUGUAAAAGAAUUACUGAACAGCAUCAACAUAGAGGAUAAUGAUGGAAAUACAGCUUUAGGACUGGCAAUUAUGCUGAAAAAAUCAGAUAUAAUAGAGAUUUUGCUGAGUCAUAAGAACAUUGACUUCACAAAAACAAAUAAAGAGGGAAAAUGUGCAUUUCACCUGGCAGCUACUGAAGGAGAUGUUAAAACCAUGAUGAAGAUUUUGGAAAAUGAUUCUGUAUUUGUUGAUAUUCAAAUCAAUAGUGGGUUCUCUGCCCUCCAUUUUGCUGCUAUGUAUGACAAAUUUGAUGUCGCAGAGAAGCUGAUUAAAAAGGGCAAAGCUAAAUUGAAUAUUAAAACAAUUAAUGGUUCAACUCCACUGAUGUUGGCUGCUCUAGGAAACCAUCUUAGCAUAGUGAAAUUGCUGGUGUCUGAAGGAGCUGAUAUCAAUGCCCAAGAUAAUGAUGGAAAUACAGCUCUUCAUGCAGCCCUUGACCCCAAGUGUACACUGUCAAGUUUCUUGGAACAGGAUAUUUCAUAUACUCCAGAAAAGUAUGCAAUUGAUAGUGCUAUCCAUCUUGUGGAAAAUGGGGCAACACUAGAUAUUCAAAAUAAAAAAAACAUGAAACCACUUGAUAUGCUUGAUGAUGAUUCACUGAAAAAAAAUCUCCAGGAAAGAGCCAAACAAAGCCAAACCUUGAAUGUGUACGGCUACUGCAUGCUUUGUUCAACAGCAGGUCGUCUGGUGAAGUUUGAACCCUGUGGUCAUUUCAAACUCUGUGUUGAAUGUGAAUCCAGAAAUAGAGAAAUAAAACUAUGUAUGGAGUGUAAAUUGGGAAUAAUUUCGAGGGUCAUACCUGAAAUGAAAAAUCAAGCAUGCAAAAGCCAGGAAGCCAAUGCCAAGACCUCUAAGAAUAUGUUUCAGCUUGGAGAUUCGAUUCAAUUGUUAAAAGAUAUUGAGAAGAUAAAACGUUUGCAAGAAAAACAUGGUGUCUGGAGUGAAGACAUGAGAGAGAUCAUUUACAAAAUUGGUGAAGUUAUAAAGAUUGAAGAACAUCUUCUUACUGUGAAAUUCGACACUAAAACAUACUACAUAAAUCCAAAGGCGUGUAAUGUUUUAAAGAAGUCAGUGCAGGAAACUGCAAGAAAUGGUUGCGAUAACCUAAGCCGUUGUUCAAAAUGUCAGCAAACCAGAACUGUGAAUAUGGAAUGCCAAAAUGGUCAUAUCUACUGUGUUGACUGUAACUCUGGAAAAUGUCCACUUUGUUAA